AUGGGUGUAGCAUAUUUACAACAUAUUUGUGGAAUGCUUAGCAUCUCAAGUUAUCGUAUUGAACGCGUAAUGAGAAUAAAUAUGUUCCAAAAUAAUAACUUAAAGAAUGAAAAUUUGAUAUUUAAAGGAAUGAUAUAUGCCAUUGAUAUUCAUCGACAAGCUAUGAGAUUAUCUAAACUGAUGAUAUCUAAAUUUGAGAUAAUGUUAUUCUGCUUAAUCACAGUUGGAGUAAUCUGUUUGAGCCUCAAUCUUUUCCGAAUUUUUCAGAUUGAUAUAUCUGAGGAUAAUGUCAAUGACUUUCUAUUUCCUCUUAUAUUCGUAAUAUCCAGUAUUUUAUACAUGUUUAUUGCCAAUUAUAUUGGGCAAGAUAUUAUGGAUCACACUAAUCAUAUAUUCGUUACUGCGUAA